UAAAAACCAAAUCAAAUUUAAAUCGAAACGUGACAUAAUAAAACGAUAUUUUGAAUUUCAAUACUCAUGUCUGAAAUUAAAUGUCAAAUAAUACAUUUUAGUGACGGACAAGAUAAAUUACACGAUUAAAAAUUAUGUCAACAAAACUCAAAGUAGAGACCGAAGUAGCUAUCGACGAUAAUAAUAAAUCACAAGUUCAUAAUUUCCAAAUCAGACCUACACACAAUCAAAAAUUCAAAACUCAUAUUGCAAAAGAAGCUAUUCAAGAAACUCUUCUCAAAUACCUGAAGGAUAAAGAGUAUAGUCAAAUUCAAGCUGAAGUACUUUGCAAAACUAUUGCAAGUGAAAUCAAGGAUAGACUUAAAGAUCAGUGUGUGGACAGCCGUUACAAGUUAUUGGUACAAGUUGUUUUGGGUGAACGACACGGUGCUGGUACAAAAGUUGGAGCGCGUUGUAUUUGGGAUGCUGAUACUGACACACAAGCCUCUGAUCAGUUUUUAAAUGAAACUAUUUUUUGUAUGGCAGUAGUGUUUGCUGUGUAUUUUUAUUAAUCAAUUAAAUGCAUAAUAUAUUUUAAUUUAGUUAUCUCG